AUGGAUUUCAUCAAGACCGGUUCCCUGCGUGCUCUGAUUGAGUUAACUUUCCAACGCAAGUGGAACGGCCUCAUUUGGAUGAGUAGAAAAGGAGUUAUAGCCCAAAAGAGUGAAGACUGUCCAAAGCGGCUCUAUCGAAGAACCACGGCCAAGCCGUGCAGAGCGGCCGGCCGAGGAACGAAAUGUUCCGCGGUCGGCCAAAAUCAAUCCGUCCGUCUGAAGUCUCGGCCAAAGUUCAACCGUCCGGCCGAUGCACAUCACGACCCGGGAAGCAAUGUCCCGCGGUCGGCCACGCCACAACCACUCACGCCAUGCCGCGCACGACCAUGCCGCGCGAGCCGGGAAGCAAAGCCUCGCGGCCGCGCAACCCUUACUCGCGUACCACGGCCGAUGGUUCCGUCCGAGCCGGGAAGCCGUCCCGCGUCCGGCCGAGAAACCAUCGGCCAAUCUCACCGUCCGACCACCGGCCGACCGAAAUCCGGCCACGACCGUUCCGACUCGGCCAGACCCGACUGUCCGGCCGACCGUCCCGACCGACCGUCCGAACGCCGCGGUCGACCCGAAGCCGUUUUUGAAGCCCAAUCCGCACAAUUCAAGCCCAAAGCCGGCGCCGACCUAGCUAGAUUAGGUCUAGCCGCUUUUUCAUACUUAGUGCAUUAUAAAUACUUCUUUUUAGCCUUGUAA